AUGGAUGAGACUACAGAACAAAUGAUGGACAAGGCUACCGAAUGCUUUCGUUGGCUGAGUCGCGAUGCCCGUGGAUCGACGUACAUCAGCUACUCUCAGUUCUCCCACCUUUCGGCUUGUUCUUUCGAUUUUGGUGCCGAAGGAUACGCCGGGUCUUGCAAUUACGGAGGCGAGCUGCUGCAUCUCUCUGCGCCGUCCAAUAAAUAUGGACUGGUUUUCGGCCGGGGCAACUUUUCGAGAUCGCUCUACGCUUCUCUAGCCCGAGCGCAAAGGGAGUUUGGGGGUCUAUCCACUUUUGGUCUGAAGGUGUCAAGAGACGCGAUCGCAUAUGUCUCUGGGGGUAAUAACGGUACGAACAAGGGGUCGAGCUUUCGUUUGGGUAAAAUGGUUGAGCGUGGCUGCUUCAACUACCGUUGGCCGCUCAAUGAGUAUUCCCUUCUUCUGAAUGAAAAUAUGCCAAAGACCAAGGAGGAAUCUAACUCGCAAACCGAGGAGGAAGCUGAGAAAGAAACCGGCACCUGCGUGAUGUUUUCAUUUGUUAUGGAUGGAAUAUGUUACCAGGUACUGCGUCUUGAGCAGGGUUGUCGAUCGGACGUCGAGAGGUGCCCCCUUUUCCCUAGCGAGAGCCAAAUCGUCCUCAAAAUCGGAGGCCCUGUAUGGCUGGAAAGUUUAGCAAUGGCUGGCCAGCAAUCUGACGGGUCCAUCGUAAUGGACAUCAAUGAUUGUUCCACAGAAGAUUGCCUUCGAAUCUGGGACAAGAAGCACGAAAUUGGACUGGACGCAAUGGUUUGGCAACUCGACCUUGACGGGAAGAACUACCAGCGGCUUAAAUUGACCAAACAAAAACGGGGUGCUGAUAGUAGGGCCUCAACACCUGAAUCCCCUAGACUAAGUACGGCAACGGAGGAAGAGGAGCCAAUAGUUCCGGACAAUACUUAUGAUGCGGUUGCAAAGUUGCCAGACAUGAAAAAGGCGGGUGUUGGAAGGAGAAAUGCUACGUUCGUGGCAGCCAUUCGUUUAAUUGAACCCCAGGAAGAGUACCCAAAGGUGAAACGGUCCAAGAUCCCGACUCCUGAGCCGAUUGCAGACCCAAAGGCAGAAGAGCCUCCAAAGGUGGAAUGGCCCAAGAUCCCGACUCCUGAGGAGAUCUACAACUAUGUGGCUGCUAACCCAUCGAGCUUGGGUGCGACCGGCAACAUGUGGGAGACUAUUUUUCUCGAACGUGACCUGCACACUGAUUCGGUCUCUGAAUACACCGAGGUCAGCCUGGUUGGUCGUUGCCUCGAGAAAAUCUUGCAAGUCGACAUCGUCCCAAGAGAUUUUCCCACUUUGGCUCUUGUGAGCAACCUUUUUGUCCUACCGAGAGUUGACUUCAAGUCUCUGUUCUGGAAAGUCCGAUUUCUCGCUAAAGUCUACAAGUUCCUGUUCAGCCUUGAUCAACCCGGACGAGAUCAGGCACGGCCAAUCUUUAGCGAAAGCGACACCAAGGAGGAUACUAACAAGAAUUUGUAUCUGGAUCUUUCCGAGUUUGAUAGAAAUGACAGGAAAUGUAUGCUCGGUGUUGCCGAGAACCAGCGGAAUCGCAUUCUGGAUACCGUGGAAAACGUUGUUCGCUUUUUGUCUGAAGUUCUACGUGAUCAAACUGACCAUCCAAAUCCUCUCCUGCAAGAUUCUCGUACGCCGGACGAGUCCGACUACUACUACAUUACGAUCACGAUUUGGUAUGUUAUUAAGAGCUUCCCUGAGCGCAACUGGGAGCUCAAGGAUUCCUCGAAUGACAAGGAGCAGGCUAAUUGCUCGUAUCUUCCUGCCAACGACUGCAACUUUGGGAAAGCAAACAAAGAUAAAAUACCACUGCUUCAGUGGUACCACUAUGGAUCAAUCUUGAGCCUUUCCCGACAAGGAAUUCUUCCAAAUAUUUGGCAAACCGAGGGUCUAGACAGGAGGGUAUCUCGACUUGGAAGGGCGGCGAGGAUAGCUCUGGCGGCAAAGCUAUUGUCCAAAUCUCCUUACUCUGUGGAAGACGAAAUUGUCGACCGGCUUGCCUUUCUGGCGCAUGAAUUGGGCCUAGAGAAUUUGAAUGACAACGUCGAUACUGUGGCCUCUCUUUCCAUUAGACGCGUCAAACAACGAGAUUUUACAAGGUACAUCAAUCCAGGUUGGUUGCCACCACAUGAGGAAGGAUACACCUCCGGUCCUUGGGAGAUUCAUGCCCUCUGUCAUAACAGUCGUCUUAACGUCCUGAGCUUGGAGGAUGAACGGAAGGCGGAGGAAGUCCAGUCGUACAAACAAAAACUCUGUCAUUUUCUUAACUCGGAAGCCAUGGUAGUAUCAUGCUGGGAGAGAACACAUUCGAAGGCACGCAAAGGCUGGCUUCGCUCGGAAGCCACUUCUGUUCUUGGAUCGACACUGUUGGAUAUCCACCAAAAGAUGUCAGGACCCCAAAAAGUCGUCGAAACUGUACAGAGAAGAUACCCGAUCAGCCGGCAAGUGGAUGCGCACGAGAGUCCCACAGGCGAUGGUCUUCCGCCUAUCGAAUGGACCACUUUUUCUCCGCCACGUCAAUAUCACCCUGACAACUUUGUCAAUUCACUUGAUGACACGCCACAUCUCUAUCAGCCGCCAGUUAUUGACAAAAUGAACAUACCCGCCGCGAUACGGGGUUAUGCAGAAUCCCAACUUGAGGCGGGGUUCACAAUUGAUGAUCUCAGGGAUGCUCUAGGCGAGAUGCCCGGGUCCGUUGUCUUGUCAGACAUUGUGGCCAUUGAUCUUGGUCUGAGUUCCAAUAAAUGUCUGCGAAUACGUCCAGGCCAAGCUGGUACAUACAUUGCUCGCGAUAUCAGGCAUAUCUAUCAUCGCAAUACGCCGAGUUGCCAUCGUCGUAAACCGCCCAAAUAUAGUCCCCACCAAGAAUGCCAAGAGGAGCUGGUCCAGGCCCUUUAUGAUAGCCUUGCUGACCAAAACGUUCAACAUCGGUUUCUGACUGUGAGAAAGCAACCGGAAAGGCUAAUACCGUUGUUGGUCUAUGUGAUACACCCAGAGUCAACUGCAUGUCUAAAUAAUCACCUCCUGCACAUUCCUCGAUUCUUGUGUCAGAAAGGAAACACGUGGAUUGCGAGGAUUACGUUGGGGAGCUGGUUACCAAAGGAUGGCGAUGACACAUGUUCCGAAGAGGAAGCAAAACUUCGACCGGACCAUGACACAAUAUCUCUCCCAAAGGAAUUGAAACCCGUGAAAACAUGCUAUGAGGCAAAUGGAAAUAGCGACAAGAACCAGACACCAAGGAUCUUUCGGCUUACGUUGAGGAGCUGGUUACCAAAGCGUGGCGAUGACAUAUGUUCCGACGAGGAAGCAAAACUUCGACCAGACCAUGACCCAAUAUCUCUCGCAAAGGAAUUGACACCUGUGAAGACAUGCUAUGAGGCAAACGGAAAUAGCGACAACAACCAGGAACCAAAGAACUUUCGGCUUAUUAUGUCUUCAGUCAUUCUUUCAACCAACGCCUUUGGAGACUUCAGCAAAUGCACCAUCAUUUCGGAAGAUAUUGGCGACAAUAAUUUGAUGAAACUCGCCGAGGACUCCAGCACGCUGUGGCGGAAGUUCAUCCAUCAGCCACAGACCGCAAGCGAGCAGUAUAACAACGCCAUUAAAGAGCUUGCGUCAUUGGUUGACUUCAAGACCGUUUUCUUGAGCGAAGAGGAGUGGUCGGAAGACUAUACUUCAUUUCCUCUGUUCAAACUGGGACUCUGGAGUUUGGAUUCAUUGUACAGGCUUCAGAAAAGUCUGAAAGCGUCCGUAGAUAGCGUUCUUGAGGCCAAGGAGGAGCUUAUGCAACAGAUAAACGAUGGCCCUGGUAAGAGAAGCGGGUUAUUGGAGAGAAUAUGUCAAGAAUAUCUGGGGACAUUCGAAAGCAACCUUCUGAGUCUGACCAUUGUGAAAACUGACUUGGAACGAAAGAUCGAGUUGCACAGCCGAUACAAGGAUGCUCUCUCGGCUGUGCUGGGACUGAGAGAUAGCCGUGCAUCACUACAACAAAACAGCACCAUUCAGAAGCUGACUUACUUGACUAUUGUUUAUUUGCCAAUAGGUUUGAUGGCUGCGAUCUUUGCUAUCCCUCAUGAGCAACGGGUCACUUUCGAGAGCAUGGGCAGGGGUUGGUUCAUCGGAUGCGUCUUCUUGAUGUCAGCUGCCACUUACACAUUAGCCAUACACAUUCAAAACGUCCUCACAUUCCCCGGGAAGUCACUGGCAAGAGUUUGGCAUUGGUUUUCGCGGAGCGAUAAAUUGCCGCAUUAA